AUGGCAUCUCCAUCUCUUCAAUGGCCCAUUGCAACCAUGUCAUUUCUGUUUUCCUCACUGGUGACUUUAUUAAUUGUGUCAACUCUUUCCUGGUGCCAGAGAAUUGAAACUACAGCUCCAAAAGCUAGCAACGGGGCACCAUUUCCUUGGAAUAAAAUGCGACUUCCUGAGCAUGUCAUCCCAGUUCAUUAUGAUCUCAUGAUCCAUGUAAAUCUCACCACUCUGACUUUCUGGGGCACCACAGAGGUAGAAAUCACAGUUAGCCAGCCAACCAGUUCCAUUGUCUUGCAUAGUUACCAUCUGCAGAUAUCUAAGGCGACUCUCAGGAAAGGGGCUGGAGAGCAGCAGUUUGAAGAUUCCCUGAGGGUCCUGGAAUACUUACCUCAUGAACAAAUCGCUCUUUUGGCCCCCGAACCCCUCCUUGUUGGGGUACCUUACACAGUUGUCCUUGACUACACUGGCAAUCUUUCUGAGAGUUUCCAUGGCUUUUAUAAAAGCACCUACAGAACCAAGGAAGGAGAAGUCAGGGUACUUGCAUCAACCCAGUUUGAACCUACUGCAGCUCGAAUGGCCUUUCCUUGCUUUGAUGAACCUGCCCUGAAAGCAAGUUUCUCUAUCAAGAUCAGAAGGGAACCAGGACAACUUGCCAUCUCCAAUAUGCCUUUGGUGAAAUCUGUGACAAUUGCUGAAGGACUCAUAGAAGACCAUUUUGAUGUCACUGUGAAGAUGAGUACCUACCUGGUGGCCUUCAUUGUUUCAGAUUUUAAGUCCAUCAGCAAGAUGACCAAGAGCGGAGUCAAGGUUUCUGUAUAUGCAGUGCCAGACAAGAUCAAUCAAGCUGAUUAUGCACUGGAUGCUGCAGUGACUCUUCUAGAAUUUUAUGAGGAUUAUUUCAACAUUCCAUAUCCUUUACCUAAACAAGAUCUUGCUGCUAUUCCUGACUUUCAGUCUGGUGCUAUGGAAAACUGGGGAUUGACAACGUAUAGAGAGUCAGCUUUAUUGUUUGAUGUGGAAAAGUCUUCUGCAUCAAGUAAGCUUGGCAUCACAAUGACUGUGUCCCACGAACUUGCCCACCAGUGGUUUGGGAACCUGGUCACCAUGGAAUGGUGGAAUGAUCUUUGGCUGAAUGAAGGAUUUGCCAAGUUUAUGGAAUAUGUGUCUGUCAGGGUGACCCAUCCAGAGUUGAAAGUUGAAGAUCAUUUCUUGGACAAAUGUUUUAGCGCAAUGGAAGUAGAUGCAUUGAAUUCCUCACACCCUGUGUCCACACCUGUGGAAAAUCCUGCUCAGAUUCGGGAGAUGUUUGAUGAUGUUUCUUAUGAAAAGGGAGCUUGUAUUUUGAAUAUGGUAAGAGAAUAUCUUGGUGCUGAAGCAUUUAAAAAUGGCAUUGUACAAUAUCUACAGAAGUAUAGCUAUAAAAACACAAAAAAUGAGGACCUGUGGAAUAGUAUUGCAAGUAUUUGUCCUACAGAUGAUACACAAGGAGUGAAUGGCUUUUGUCCUAGAGAUCAGCAUUCGUCUUCAUCCUCACACUGGCGUCGGGAAGGCCUUGAUGUGAAAACCAUGAUGAACACCUGGACGCUGCAGAAGGGCUUUCCGCUGAUAACCAUCACAGUGCGAGGGAGGGAGGUACACAUGAAGCAAGAGCACUACAUGAAGGGAGCUGACGGUGCCCCAGAAACUGGACAACUGUGGCAUGUUCCAUUGACGUUCAUUACCAGCAAAUCAGACGUGGUCCAAAGAUUUUUGCUGAGGACAAAAACAGAUGCACUUAUGCUCCCAGAAGAGGUGGAAUGGAUCAAAUUUAAUGUGGAAAUGAAUGGCUAUUACAUCGUGCAUUACGAGAACGAUGGAUGGAAUUCUUUGACUGGCUUGUUGAAAGGAACACACACAGCCAUCAGCAGUAACGAUCGGGCCAGUCUCAUUAACAAUGCAUUUCAGCUUGUCAGCAUUGGAAAGCUACCCAUUGAAAAAGCCAUGGAUUUAGCUCUGUACUUGAAACAUGAAACAGAAAUUAUGCCUGUGUUCCAAGGUAUGCAUGAGCUGAUUCCUAUGUAUAAGUUAAUGGAGAAACGAGAUAUGAGUGAAGUAGAAACUCAAUUCAAGGACUUCCUCCUUAGGCUACUGAGGAACCUCAUUGAUAAACAGACGUGGACUGACGAAGGCUCUCUCUCUGAACGAAUGCUGCGGAGUCAGCUCCUGUUCCUUGCCUGUGUGCGCAAGUACCAGCCAUGUGUGCAGAGGGCAGAUGGCUAUUUUAGAAAGUGGAAGGAAUCCAAUGGGAAUUUGAGAUUACCCAGAGACGUGACUUUGGCAGUGUUUUCUGUGGGGGCCCAGAACACUGAAGGCUGGGAAUUUCUUUAUAGUAAAUAUCAGUCUUCUUUGUCCAGUACCGAGAAACGCCAAAUUGAAUUUGCCCUAUGUAGAAGCCAAAAUAAGGAAAAGCUUCAGUGGUUAUUAGAUCAAAGUUUUAAGGGAGAUAUAAUAAAAACACAAGAGUUUCCGAGUAUUCUUACACUCAUUGGCAGAAAUCCAGUGGGAUAUCCUUUGGCCUGGCAAUUUCUGAGGGACAAUUGGAAUAAACUUAUACAAAAGUUUGAACUUGGCUCAACUUCCAUAGCCCACAUGGUAAUGGGAACAACCAAUCAAUUCUCCACAAGAGCACGGCUUGAAGAGGUAAAAGGAUUUUUCAGCUCUUUGAAAGAAAACGGCUCUCAGCUCCGCUGUGUGCAACAAACAAUUGAAACCAUUGAGGAAAACAUACGUUGGAUGGAUAAGAAUUUUGAUAAAAUCAGAGUGUGGUUGCAAAAUGAAAAACUUAGACAGCUGUAA